AUGGACAAAUAGUAUACGUGGCGUGGUCCCAUUGGAAGGAGAUGGAGUCUGUGUUUCCCUCGUUCUAACCGCAUGCAAAAUCGACGUUGCGAAAAGAACAAUAACACCAAAAAAAAAGCCCACAAAAGCGUUUUAUUGAGUAUCGUGCAAAUCAACCGUUAAUACAUAUUACACCAUUCUCCACUCACUCCUCGCUCUGCUCUCUGCACUUCGACCACUCCGAAGAAAAUCAAUAUUCAUUCUUAGGGUUAGGGUUAGGAUUUCCCCCUAAUCCAAUUGAGGAGCGAGAUGGGCGUCAAUUCCUUCCCAUCGGAGGAUUCCGUCCUCGAUCUCGACGAGCAGAUCUCACAGCUCAUGCAAUGCAAGCCGCUUUCCGAGCAACAGGUUAGAGUUUUAUGUGAGAAGGCCAAGGAGAUUUUAAUGGAUGAAAGUAAUGUCCAGCCUGUGAAAAGCCCUGUGACAAUUUGUGGUGAUAUUCAUGGGCAGUUUCAUGAUCUUGCUGAACUAUUUCGAAUUGGAGGGAAGUGUCCAGAUACUAAUUACUUGUUUAUGGGUGAUUAUGUGGACCGGGGUUAUUAUUCAGUUGAAACUGUAACACUACUUGUGUCACUGAAAGUGCGUUACCCUCAGCGAAUUACGAUUCUUAGAGGAAACCAUGAAAGUCGUCAGAUCACUCAAGUAUAUGGAUUUUAUGAUGAAUGCCUAAGAAAGUAUGGUAAUGCUAAUGUUUGGAAGAUCUUUACAGACCUUUUUGAUUUCUUUCCAUUGACCGCAUUGGUUGAGUCUGAAAUAUUUUGUUUGCAUGGUGGACUUUCACCUUCAAUCGAGACUCUUGAUAACAUAAGGAACUUUGAUCGUGUUCAAGAGGUUCCUCAUGAAGGGCCCAUGUGUGAUCUGUUGUGGUCUGACCCAGAUGAUAGGUGUGGCUGGGGAAUUUCUCCUCGUGGUGCUGGAUAUACUUUUGGCCAGGAUAUAUCCGAACAGUUUAAUCACACAAACCAGCUCAAAUUGAUUGCUAGAGCUCAUCAGCUGGUUAUGGAUGGAUUUAACUGGGCUCAUGAACAAAAGGUUGUGACUAUUUUUAGUGCACCUAACUACUGUUAUCGAUGUGGGAACAUGGCUUCAAUUUUGGAGGUUGACGAUUCCAAGGGCCACACAUUUAUCCAGUUUGACCCUGCUCCUAGGAGAGGAGAACCUGAUGUCACCCGUAGAACACCUGAUUACUUCCUAUGAUGUAGCUGCUACAUAUCAUAUUCGUGUCACAGUUACAUCUCAUUUUGCACAAAUUUCAGGUAGUUGUGCAUCCUCGUUGAUGAGAUUACUGUAGGCACUUAAAUCCUUGAAUAUAUAUACACACCAAACUUUUUUGCGGUUGCCCAAGACUGCUUUGAUGUAUAAUAUAGGCAGAUUACAUCGUUUUUUUUUGUGACGCUUGAGAAAUGUGGAUAUUUUUUCGUUCUUGUCUUCCUCAUUUUUAGAAGCAAUGACUGGGAUUUUUUCUUCAUUGAGGAUUUGCUUUGCUAUGUUCCGUAAUUUUUUCGUAGAAGUUGCAUGAUAAUAGUGAUUAUGUUUUGUUCUUACAAAUUAUGUUCAAUUUCAUUGGUAGUUAUCAUCUAUCCUGAUAUAGCCUAUGAAAAGAAUAUAUAUAAACUCGUCAGACUUUGUUUUUGGU